AUGGUUUUCCAAAUUAACCGAGAGUUUGUAACCGAAGACUUUAAACGUGCAUUUUAUCAGUGUUAUAAUAGAAAAAUUGCAAACAAAAUAUUUGAAAAUGGUAGCCUAAUAGAUCACGAGCCGUUUACAUUCGCGAAAUUCGAUAGUUUUAUCCAGCUUGAACAGAUAACCGAAGAGAUAAUAAAUACAGGACAGUUAGUGCAUGAGGUGAAAAAAGAAAUUGAAAAGUUACCUUUUGUACAAAAAUGCAAUGACUUGUAUACAUUUUCUCAAAGUUGUGAUAUUUUAAAUUUGUGCCAAGAUGUAGAGAAUCCAAAUAACUCUGCGACAUGUCCGCUUAUUAUAAGCUUUAGGACAUUUUUACUAAAUACCGUUCUUCCUUGGUUGAAAGAUAUAACUGGCAUCCCAUUGUAUGAAAACAAAGUCGACUUGACCUCUUCAAUUUAUAAACAAGGAGAUUAUCUUCUGUGUCACGAUGAUGAACUAGAAGGUCGUCGUAUUGCAUUUAUUUGGUACUUAGUCCCUGAUGAUUGGAAUAACCAAAAGGAUGGUGGUGAACUGGAGUUGUUUGACAGUGUGCCAGUGGAGGGUGGUGAAGAUAACAAUAAUGAAGGCAAACUUAUACCCACUAGAAUUUGUGUCUCCUUACCACCGAAGUGUAAUACUUUCACAUUCUUCGAAGUAUCACCAAGAUCAUUUCACCAGGUCGCUGAAGUGUUAGGUAAUACUAAACGUGUAUCAUUACAUGGAUGGUUUCAUGGACCAAGUCUUUGGACUGUGAGCAAUAAUACACUUCAGGGUAUUGAAAAGAUUUCACCUGUGUACAUAGAAGAAGAACUUGUAUAUCAAUGGAUUAACCCAGUUUACUUUGAUACACAACAAUUGAGCAAAAUUCGACGGAAAUUCUAUAAAUCUUCAGAAAUUCAACUGAUUAAUUUCUUGAAGGCGGAUAAAUGGAAGGAAUUGGUGCAGUGCUUAGAUAAUUUAUCUCCAAAUGCUUGGAUUCAUUGUGGUCCUGCCAACAGACGGAAUUAUAAUUGUCUGUCCAAUGAAAAGUUGAAUGAUUCUACAUCUGAUUUAUGUCGUCAACUAAUUCGUCUAUUCAAAUCAGAAGCAAUGCUUGUUGUGUUGAGUGAUAUUACAGGGAUUCGAUUACAUCCAUGCGCUUUAAUAGGUGAAAAAAACAACAAUUCUACUGUUGUAGAUAACGGUGAUCAGGCAAUUGACGAUACUCCAGAAACAAAACGUAUGCGAACUGAUGAUAAUAUAAACAACUCACCUAAAGCUGACAAAUCAUUUGGUGAUCAGUGUUCAACAUAUUUGACGGAGCCAUGUUUACGCAAAUUUCAAGCAGGAAGUUAUACACUACUUUCAGAUGCUGAUAUGCUGAAUCAAGGUUGGCGAGUUGAGUGUAUACUACAUAUUCAUGGAUAUAGUAGUUCUAAUUGUGACGAUAAGGUAGAUAAUAAUCAAUUCACUUGGAAUUCUACGUGUGGUGGACAAACAAUUUAUGUAGCUGAUGGUGAAACAGAGGAAUUGCUUACAGUCACACCAUCGGAUAACGCUUUAACAUUAGUUUACGUGGAUUCAAGUACUACAGGUUUCCUGAAGUAUAUCAAGAAAAGUAGUGUUGGUGUUGGUGUCGAUGUUGGUGGUGGCGGUUGCGGUGGUGGUCGAGCUUCUCUAGAGAAUCAAGGCGUCAAACAAUCUAGGCGUCAUAGUAAUGUACCGUCUACUGGUGAUAAUCAUCAGCAUACUGUUAAAAAACCUGUUCAAUUUUAUGAUUUAUUUGUAAAAUAUUUUGAUUCUACAACAAACGAGGAAGAUGAUGACAAGAUGAACAGUGUUAAUGCUGAGGAGGAAGCCUCUGAUGACGAAGUCACUACGAGCAGUAGUUUAAACGAUGAUAAUGAUAAUAGUGUCGAUGAUGAUGAUGAGUCUGCUGUGUUAUCGCCUGAUGAAAACCAUGAUGACGCUGGUGGUGAUGACGAAAAUCAAGAAAGAGUUUAA